GCAAAUGCUAGUUUCGCCAUGGUGUUCCUCCGGUCUGUCCUGCUAGGGUCAGGAUCGGCUCGACAGUCCAGUCGCUUGUGUUCGCAAUGUCUUUUGCGCCUCCCUCGUUGUCACAGGACCUCUGCGGCCCGCAGGUUCGUGACGACUGCCCGACGCUGUGAAAUUGCAGGCAAUCGGUCGCCUUCCUCUGCCCUUCAUAAAGCAUAUUUUUCUGCAAAUCGGACAUUGAGAGAUCUAUCUGCCAAGCAUGGAUCAUUGCCUUCCCUUUCAGCAGCCAAUGGCACCACAGGCGGGGUUACUUCCACGAAGAUUGAUGCUGCAGGACUACCAUCGAACGAAGCGAGCGCGGAGUCAAUUGAUACGCAAUCCAUCCAACGAGAACUACCACACCGGAGAAGAAAGCGUUUAAAGCAGGAGGCUGCAAAUAUCGGUGCAUCAGAACCGGCGAUAGCUCCAGAUGCCUCUGCCCAAUUGUCGAUAUUUUCAUCCACACUCCCGGCGACCUCCAUCCGUCGCAAAUUGGCUGCAUUUCUGGCCCUCACGAAACCCCGUCUCUCAGUCCUAAUCGUUCUCACGACAACCUCCGCCUAUGGGAUGUACCCAAUCUCUUCGCUUCUUACUCUUGAUCCCUCCAUGACACCGCUUCCUACGCUCUCGACAUCGACCCUGACCCUUAUCUAUCUGAGUGUCGGCACUUUUCUGUCCUCGGCCAGUGCCAACACUUUGAAUAUGCUAUUCGAGCCUAAGUACGAUGCCCUUAUGUCUCGUACACGUAACCGACCGAUUGUCCGCAAAUUGGUAUCGCGUCGUGCUGCCGUUCUGUUCGCUCUUGCAACCGCCGUCUCUGGCUUGACACUCCUCUACAUCGGAACGAAUCCCACAGUGACUGCACUCUCGGCAAGCAACAUUUUCCUCUAUGGAUUUGUAUAUACUCCGAUGAAGCGUCUUCAUGUGAUCAAUACCUGGGUUGGAGCCAUCGUGGGAGGAAUCCCCCCGAUGAUGGGCUGGGUCGCCGCUGAGGGUCAAACAGCCACGACGGGCCACGAUAGUUGGCGCGAUAUGCUUUUUAGUGAAAACAGCAUUGGUGGAUGGUUGUUAGCAAGCAUUCUGUUUGCUUGGCAGUUCCCUCACUUUAACGCGCUUUCUCACACCAUCCGAGAGGAGUAUAAAGCUGCCGGGUACAAAAUGCUCUGUUGGACCAAUCCUGCGCGCAAUGCCAGGGUUGCACUUCGCUAUUCCAUCCUUAUGUUCCCUGCGUCUAUUGGUCUCUGGUGGGUCGGUGUAGUCGGACCCGGCUUCCUGGUGGGGAGCACCCUCGCCAAUGGAUGGCUGGUGAAAGAGGCAUAUCGAUUCUGGAAGUACCAGGGUUCCAAGGGAACUGCGCGUGGACUAUUCUGGGCGAGCGUGUGGCAAUUGCCCAUCCUUCUUGUUGGCGGUCUAGUUACGAAGAAGGGGCUCUGGGACGGAGUCUGGGAGAAAGUGUUUGGACAUCCCGACGAAGAAGACGAUUUCAUAUAUGAAGAUGAAAGCGAGGAUGAAGAGCAGGGGCAGACAGCCGGCUCCGCAUGAACGAAAGAUGGCGCCUCCUUUCGACGGGAAUAUCGUGUAAUCCAAGUGCGACUUAGGUGUCGGACGUUUUCCGGGGGGAAGGGAGCCAUGCCAAAUUAACAGAAAAAAACAUUGACAGCAUAUUUAUAUCUACGAAGGCAUCCACGGAAACCAAAUGGUAUGGAUGGGCGCGGCGUUGUCGUUCUCCUUGUUCUUGAUUCUGUAUAUCACACGCUACUUGAUUUUUUUCCCCCUUUCGCCUCCACAGAUAUGAAUGUAAAUACGGAUGCAUAUGUCCUUGAUUCCUACAUCAUCCGAGACCUUCCCUUUCCAUUAUAGUGGUCACGCCUCACUGUAAGGUGAGAGGGAGUGUUAAUUCCCAAUGCACCGUUAUUCAGGGGUAACAUGCACAUCCCAGGAUGAAAGGAUCCAUGCAUGCAUGCUAAG